AUGAAAUCCUCCGUAUCCUCCUUGCGCUGCCGAUGCAGCAGCGCUACCUUGCGGUCGACAGCUACUCGAUCUCGCCGGUAUGUCUCGACCUCGAGCUCAUCAUCCUCCUCCUCAACCUCAACCUCGGCCUCGGCGACAACCCCAACCACGUCUCCAAAAACUCGCUGGCUGGCAAUUACCCUCGUGAGCAUCGCCGCCGCCGGCGCAGGCGCCUACAUCCGAUCCCAAACACCAAACUCAGCAACCCUGAACCAAGAAACCUUCACAAAAUACAGCCUCGUCUCCCGGGACCCCGUCUCCCCAACGAGCAGCCUAUUCACCCUCCGACCCCGAUACCACAGCGAUGGCAACUACGACGUCUACGAAGAAGCCUGGCGCACAGGAGUAUGGAGCGUAAUGUUCAAGCAGCCACAGCUCCAAAUUGGCCGCGACUAUACGCCGCUGCCCACGACGGCGGCGACGUCGUUGUCCGUUGACGAGGAGAAUGAGGGAUACUUGCGGUUCUUUAUUCGGAAGGAUCCGUUUGGGGAGGUUUCGAGGUACUUGCAUACGCUGGAACCUGGGGCGGAUAUUGAGAUGCGAGGGCCGCAAAUAGAGUGUUCGAUUCCUGAGGAGACGAGGGAGAUUUUGUUUGUUGCUGGUGGGACGGGGAUUGCGCCGGCGUUGCAGGCUGGGUAUUCGCUUUUGAAUCGGACGAGUAAGGAGAAUCGUCCUAGGAUACAUAUUAUCUGGGCGAGUCGAUUGAGGGCUGAUUGUGUCGGCGGUGUGAGUGAUACACCGAAAGCCCCGGCAGCGUCGUCAAGUCGAUCGUGGUUCUCGGGCUGGUUUGGUUCGUCCAGCAGUGCCAGUGUCUCUCAAAGCGAGACGGUCGGUCCGGUCUCUCAGGAUCAGGAACAGUCGCUGAUUGUGCGCGAAUUGGAAGCGCUCAAGUCGCAGUAUCCCGGGCAGAUUACGGUGGAUUAUUAUCUGGAUGAAGAGAAUCGCUUCAUUGGAAAGAAUGAUCUGGCCGAGUUUAUCAAGCCUACAAAGGAGGUUGAGGACCAGGAGACGCGAAAGCUGAUUCUAGUGUCUGGCCCCGAGGGCUUCAUCAGUUACAUGGCUGGGCCUAAAGUGUGGGCUCAAGGUACCGAGCUCCAGGGUCCUUUGAAGGGAAUCAUCAAGGAGUUGGAUCCUAAAGGUUGGGCUGUAUGGAAGCUGUGA